AUGGCAGCAGAUGAAGGUGUUGAUGGGGGAAUGAAUGAUGCUGCACAAGUCAGGUUAAGGGAGUAUAAGUCGUGGAUGGAACUACAUGAUGCGUUUUUCAUCGAGUGCAUGCUAGACCUGGUUCAGUCAAAGGAAGUGGAGUCUGGGAACUUGAAGAAUGGAGGUUUCAAGAAACUUGAAGCUAUGCUGCAGCAGAAGAUUCCAGGUUUUAACCUGAAUGUAAGAUCAAGACACCGUUGGUUCAAGAACAAGUUCAAUGCCAUAUAUGAUGUCAAGAAUGGGAGUUGUAGUGGUUUUGGCUGGGAUGAGUCUAAGAAGAUCAUUGUUGCUGAUGAUGAUGUUUUCAAGGAAUGGGUGAAGAGCCAUCAACACUUUUCUGGCCUGAACAAGACAGCUUUUAUAUACUAUGACCAGCUUGCCAGAGUAUUUGGCAAGGAUAGGGCAGUAGGUGGUCAAGCAAGGUAUGCAGCUGAUAUGGAGUUCGAUGCUCAUGUUCGAAGGGGUAGGAGUGAGGACCCCAUCAUGUACGAUGAAGAAACAAGUCAACGUGUGCUGGAGGAGAUGAUAAAUGAAGAAAAAAUGCGUCCUCUCAUGGAGAAGGCUACCAUGAACAUUGAGAGGAUGGCGAAUAGCUUCUGCCAUGAAGAUCCUUUGAUGAUAAGGAGAGGAACCUUGUUUGAGGAGCUGUCACAGUUAGAAGCCCUGUCACAAGAUCAAGUGAUAUCAGCUGCCAUGAUUCUUAUGAAGGAGGAUGGGAUCGCCCAAUCGUACUACCAACUGCCUACGGAUGAAGAGAAGGUUCACUUCCUCUAUCGCCUCAUCAACUGA